AUGUCCGAAACCCCCGAUGUGUCGGAUCAAAAAGUGAUAUUAGUCGAUUUCGAGGGCGACCAUCCUCAAGACUGGCCAGCAAAACGAAAAUGGAUCAUCAUGGCUACCAUUUCGAUCCCGCUAUUCUUGAUGCCAUUGUCGUCGACGAUCACCACUCCCACUGUCGGCUCUAUUGAGGAGGAAUUCCACGUCUCUUCUUCGAUCACUGGUCCCUUGGCGUUGUCAUUGUUCUUGCUCAUGUACUCCAUGGGUCCAAUCCUGCUCGGUCCAUGCAGUGAGUUGUAUGGACGAUGGCCUGUAUUGCAGACUGGCAGUUUAAUCUACCUAGCCUUCAAUAUUGGGUGUGGGUUUUGCACAAGUAUCACCCAGCUAUUGGUAUUCCGUCUCUUGAGUGGAGUUGGUGCUAGUGCAUCCCUGGCUGUUGGCGCGAGUAUGGUUGGUGAUGUGUUCCGCAAAGAGGAACGAGGCCUCCCUGUUGCUCUGGUUAGCCUAGGUCCAGUCUUAGGAUCAUGCCUUGGACCCCUUGUUGGCGGAUUCAUCGCAGACUACACCACCUGGCGGUGGGCAUUUUGGUCAACAUCCAUUUCCGCAGGGAUAUUUCUUGUUCUUUGUCUCAUCACUGCGCGAGAGACAUACGCUCCUAUUCUCCUUCGACAGAAGAAGAAAGCCAUCAUGCAAGAAGCCAAGCAACAGGGCAAGGACCACGACUUCAUCUGGAAGACGCCAUAUGAGAAAGAUGAAACCGUUGGCCAGCUCUACCGACGCACCAUCUCCAGAUCGCUAUUCUUCCUCGGCACACAGCCAAUUAUCCAAGCUCUGGCAUGUUACUACGGCUAUCUCUAUGGGAUCGUCUACCUUCUUCUCUCUAGUUUCUCAGACCUAUGGACCAAACAGUACCAUAUGGCAAUCAGCACCGGAUCCCUCAACUACAUCGCACCCUGCUGUGGGUACUUUAUCGGUGCCCAAAUCUGUGCUUUUGGAACCGAUCGUGUCUACAAGUAUCAGGUAGCCAAGAACAACGGUGUUGGGAAGCCGGAGUUCCGUCUACCAAUUAUGGUCCCGGCCUCUCUACUUGUCCCUAUUGGGUUGCUCUGGUAUGGCUGGAGCGCGGAGUACAAGACACAUUGGAUUGUGCCUGAUAUUGGCAUUGCACUUCCUCUGAUGGGAGCCACAAUCAUCUUCCAAUGCGUCAGUGCAUACCUUUUGGAUACAUUCCCCGUGUACGCAGCAAGUGCCAACGGCGCUGUCUACAUUGUGCGAGGAUUGACUGGGUUCGGCUUCCCCUUGUUCAGCCCCGAGAUGUAUGCAAAAGUGGGAUAUGGCUGGGGGAACACCAUCCUAGCACUCGUGGCAUUGGUGAUCGGUUGUCCCAUUCCAUUUAUCCUAUGGCGAUAUGGAGAGAAGCUAAGGGCAGCAAGCAACUAUGCAGAUCAAACUAAGUAA